AAAGGUAGCCAUGAACCGUACAUUGAAAUACGUGAGCAGCCAAGACAGAGAGGGAUGCGUUUCCGGUACAAAUGUGAAGGGAGAUCAGCAGGAAGCAUUCCAGGAGAACACAGCACUGAUAUCAACCGGACUUUCCCAUCUGUACAGAUUUUGAACUAUGUAGGGAAAGUAAAAAUCAGAAUAACGUUGGUCACCAAGAAUGAGCCAUACCGGCCUCAUCCCCAUCGUCUUGUUGGGAAAGACUGUGAAAACGGUUACUAUGAAGCCGAAUUUGGACCGGACCGCCGAAUUCUAUGUUUUCAGAACCUGGGUAUUCAGUGUGUGAAGAAGAGGGAACUUAAAGAAUCCAUCAUUUCACGGAUUUCAAAGAAGAUAAACCCUUUCAAUGUGCCCGAAGAACAACUGCUGGCUGUGGAGGAGUAUGACCUCAAUGUAGUGAGGCUCUGUUUCCAAGCUUUCCUCACUGAUGAACACGGAAAUUGCACUCGCUCUCUGCCACCGGUGAUCUCUAAUCCUAUUUAUGACAACCGUAAGUUCCUGUGCAGUGGGAUUUUCUCCAUACAGAAAGAGCUACUGAGCACCUACGUCUGUCUAAUCUGCCGUGUGAACAAGAACUGUGGAAGCGUGAAAGGAGGCGAUGAAAUUUUCCUCCUGUGUGACAAAGUUCAAAAAGAUGACAUAGAGGUGCGGUUUGUCAUGAACGACUGGGAAGCCAAAGGGAUUUUUUCUCAAGCGGACGUGCACCGCCAGGUGGCCAUUGUCUUCCGGACCCCUCCUUUUUACAAAGACAUCUCGGAGCCGGUCACGGUGAAGAUGCAGCUGAGGAGGCCCUCGGAUCAAGAAGUCAGUGACCCGAUGGACUUCAGAUACCUGCCGGAGGAAAAAGAUCCUUAUGGUCAUAAGGCCAAAAAACAGAGAUCGCCAAUGGCUUUACAGCGGCUCCUCCAGGACUGUGGUCCACACGAGAGUUCUAAAGCUGUGGCGUUCGAAACUGAACGGAAGGUCAUUAAGAAAGAACCGAAUAUGUAUCAUGCACCUGCUGGACCGGUCCUCCCCAUGCAGAGAACAUCCAUGAGCACUCCCCUGACGCAGUCGUAUUAUACCUCUUCAGUGACCAACCACUGCUCCAGCACAUCCUCCAUUCCAUCUUUACAGAUGAGGGCAGCUGUUAAGCAAGAUGGCGCCCUUCCACCACGUUGGCCUUCCUCUGCUCCCUCCUUUAACAUCUUCCCGACUCAAGGCAACUUUGCAGGAGAUUCUUUCCCGACGAGCAUGACCAACGGGGGCUCUCUAUCGCUCGGACAAGAGUAUGGCCUGAACUGGCCUGGCCAAAAGGAAGGGUUCGUUGGCGCAGCCAACGGACAAGGGCCAUCUCUGUUACCAUCGGCGUCACCGUCGGUGUCUCACCAAGACCUACUGAAUGCCUCCAGCACAGUCACCAGCCAGCCGCCGCCGCACCCUGUCAACCUGUCAAUGAUCAACAGCCUCCGUAUGGAUGUGGAAGAUAUCAGAUGCCAAAGCGUCACCUUGGAAAAGGCGUCCUUCGCUCAAGUUUCGAAUCAAAAUGACCACAGGCAGCAGGUGUCCCAUCCAGGUACCUCCGCAGCCCCUCCGUGUACCUCCUCGUUCAGCUCCAUGCCUGCUUCCUACGAUAUGAUGGCUUUCCAUUAUCUGGAUAGCUUCAGCGAACCAAGAUCCUCUAGCGGUUCUGUGCUCCAGAAUCCCAUCAGCCUCUCAGACAACCAGUACUUCACCCAAGAUGAUGAGUACCUGAACUCUUUUGGGGGCAGCUUUGACGCCAUCAUUUAACGCUUUGGAUUUUUCUUGUGCAGAGGGGCCCAGUGGGUUUCCUUCAGUAGAAGAACUCGUUUUGGGGGAUGACCCCUGUGGAGAAGUCAUGCUUGUUCUCAAAGCGCUUCUUUUAAAAAAAAAAAUACCACAGCCCCUAUUGCUACCAGUCUCUGACUUUAAACAGUUUCAUCUUCGGGCUUUGUAAAAAGCACACUGUGUUUGCGCUCUUGUGCUGCUGAAAAUGUUGAUGGAAAGAGUUUAUUUAAUUUUUUUAAAAAAGAAUAUGUUCAUUUGUAUGUAGAUUCUUGGCUAAAAACUCUGUUCAUUUGGAAAGAGACGGACUGUUGCUUUUUGUGUUUUCGUUUUGCUCUUGAGGAGUCACAUCCAGGGUUGACGUUUGAUCCAGUCUGAGGCUGAACAGCGCACUGAAACGGACUCGCUGGGUAUCCUGUCCAUUUGCUCAACUUUCGAGUGUUUUUCAUUUUGAUUUCUAUUUUUUCAGAGAUAUCGGGGGGUUUUUUUACACUUACAAUGCACAGCUUCUCUCAAACCUUUACAAGGUGAUGAAUUUGCACAA